AUGCCCUCUUCGCACAUGCUCGCCAACCCAUCGGUGGUUGACGAAGACCAAGACAACGGUCCUCGUAUGGUCAACAUUUCCCCAGUGUGCAACUUCCGUAGACUGAUCAAAAAGAACCCCAAGCAGUUUAAGAUUAAUGGUUUGUUAGUAGUGCUGGCUCGAUUUGUGGAUGCUGCGGAAGGAGAACCAUGGUUCUAG